CAUGAUGACUUUUUGUGGUGAAAUAAUUUAACGUAAAAUGCCUGAAGAGAUAAAACAAGACGUAGUGCUGAAAACUCAAAAAUAUUUAGGAAAAUAUGUGAAAAAGCCCCCACUAAGUGAAAAAUUGCUCAAAAAACCGCCUUUCAGGUUUUUGCAUGAUAUCAUUAAGACGGUUAUAAAAGAAACUGGAUUUUUAAAAGGGCUUUUCACAGAAGAAGAAUUAAACUCAGAAAAUGUGAAAGAAAAAGAAGCUAAAGUGGCUUUUCUCACUAAACUAAUUGAUGCCGUUAAAGUAAUAACAAACACAGAUUUGGCUGUUCGUCCUAGUAAAAUCGUAGCGGGACUUGAACCUACUGAAACGAACAUUCUCCUCCAAACUAUAGGAAAAGCAAUUGAGAAAAAAAUUGAUAGUUCAGAGUACGUGAAACAAUUUCAAUCAGGUGACAUACUAGGUAAAGACAAGAAUCGAAAGUCAAAAAAGCCCUCAGAUAAGAAUGAAAAGGUGAAGAAAACUUCGAAAAUUGUCAUAGAUAACGAGGAGAAAAGUCGUGUUCCAAAAGUUAAGGACAAACAAAGCAACAAUGAAACCCCUAAAUCUACUGACAGAGAUAAAUCUAAACCGAAAAGGACAUCAAAAGAAAGUAAAGGUAAACCUGCGUCAGACGACGGAAAAACAAAGAGUAAAGAGAAGCCAAAAAAGACUAAAGAGAAGAGCAAAGAUGUUACAACAAAAGAGAAAGCAAGUAAGGAAAGUACAGAAAUACCAACAACCACUGCUGAAAUUAUGUCGACUGUUGAAAUUAACGAAAAACAAAAUUUAAGUGAUACAGUUGACAGUUCAGUUCCUGAAAAUGUCGUUACAUUGAAACCUGAAGAAGAAUUUAUAAAAACUAUCAUUCCUCAAACCACUGAAACAACAGACUCAAACCUAACUGAAGGCAUUGAACCACGAAAACGUAGCGCUUCGGCCUCACGUCCGAAAUCAGCUCGUCCAAAAAGCGGCGACCUUAAGGAAAAAACAAUCAAGGAUGAACUUAAAGAACCUAAAACUAUUCAGAAUCGUCCUAAAAGUUCAUUAAGGCCUCCAAGCGUUAGACCAUCGAGUGCUCGGCCAGGAGCACCACGUUUACGACCUGAUUCUGCACUCCCCAUUAAGGAAAUUGUUCCUAUGGGUAAGAUCAAUGUAAUCGUUGAAAGUUUUGAUAAAGAUGGGGACGAAGAAGAAACGGUGAUUAUUCAAAGUAAUUCGGAAGCUGCCGAAGAACACGUGGAAAAUACUGUGGAAGUUUCUGGGACUAAUCAAGGACACCUCGUUGAGCAAAUUUUAGAACAAAUUAAUGAAAGUGAUGUUAAAGUUAAUGCGACCAAAAAUGAAGAUGAUUGGCAGAAAGAUGUUUUCCAAGGAAAAGAUGCAACAACUAAAGAAACGAAUAACUUAAAAUCGUUGAUACAGACGCUUACAAAAACAGCAAAUCCCUUGGGAAAACUACUAAGUUAUCUUCAUGAAGAUAUAGAUGCAAUGCAAGCUGAACUGGAAAUGUGGACCAAUACUAAGCGUCAGUUGUUUGGUGAAAUUGCUAAACAAAAGAAAAUAAGUUUAGAAAUGAAUAAACCUAUGAUAUCACAACUUGAGCACUUGAACCAAGAGAUCACAAAAAUGGAAGAAGAAAUAGCAAGUACCAGAAGCAACAUCUUGCGAAAUGACUUGAAAAUAAAGGAACUUUUAGCAAAAUAAAAUUAAUAAGAUUUAA